UAAAGCUUGUCUUCCUCACCGUCACAUGACCAGAAGUCAAAAAUGGUUCGCGCUGGUUCUACAAAUUCUAACAACAAACGGAAUUAUGAAGCACAACUUUCAUGCUUAAAGACAGUCGAGGAGGCAAGUCCGAGUCACGACUAGCAAGCCAAUGUGACCAAUGCCUUUUUUUCCCCCCAACAAAGGAUAGUAACUAGGAACUUGUAAUAAUAGUUUUUUUUUCCCACAUAAUAGUCCCUGUGGAUCCUUGAAACAAACUGCAAGUUCCUAUUAAUCUGUUACGGAUGAUGAUCGCCAAAGGCGAAUGCUUGCUCGGACGAUAUUUUGAACAAAGGUGACCAGAAAAGGGUCUCAAUCAUGAACGACUCGGACCAGGACUUUGUUGACCUCUGCUCAAAGCUGUUGAAACGUUCCCGGAAGAAAGGAGUUGAGCUGAAACAAAAGCGAGCAUGCCAGCAUGCAUUAGUUCAUGCCAGCCAUGAAGACGAGAAAAGAACCGAGGAGAGUUCUCGGUCUGAUUGUGUUGGAGCCGAAUCACAUGAGUAUGCCAGUAGCGAAGCGGGGGCGCUUGUGGAAAACACGGGCAAGAACGUGCAUGAUUCAGCAGAUGCUGAGCUUGCUUCAGUCCAGACAACCGAACAGUGCUCGAAGGUGAAAGAUAAAUUGCCUAGCAUGACGCAACACUUGAAAAUAGCCGGUCUGCCCAUGAAUUUGGAGCAAGGCAGGCAUUUAUCUUCUCCGGAGUCAGAUUGCCAUCUGAGGGUUCAAGACAAUGAUGAGGCUCUGGCCAUGCGGUUGCAGAAGCAACUUGAUCGCGAGGCAGCAGUGGUCCACUCACUGGACUUAGCAGCUGAGGGUUUCUUCCUCUGUCACAUCUGUCACAGAGGCCUUUCUCACAUGACACCUGAGGGGCGCACUCAGCACAUCAACAGAUGUUUGGAUAACAGUGAGCAUCCAAUGGCUGCUCCUCUUCCGUCUCUGGGAGUCCCUGACUGUCCAAUUUGUGGUAAGAAAUUCAAGUCGCACAAGAGUCGCUCUGGCCACUUGAAGCGUUGCUCGGCAGACAUGGGUGUCAGUCCUGGUGACCUGCUACAGGCUCUCCAGAGGCAGGCAGAGGAGAUGCAGCAUGCCGCUACCAACAACACGCUCUCACAGACUCGAGGAACCAAGAGGAAAAAUGUAACUAAGGCCGGACGAACAGAAAGGAAGAAACCCAGGAAAAGCACAGAACUCCUUGAUGAAGACACCUUGGUGGCCCUGGCUCUGUCCUCCUCCCUGUUUGAACAGGAGAGUGAGCAGCUGCUGAAUGUGGCAAAGACAGAGACAAUCACCCCUGAUUUGUCCGUGACUCCCAUAUUGAAAUGGAGGCCAAAUCCAGGUAAAAAGGGGUGUGGUAAGAAGAAAAAGGGUCCCGUUCCUCGUCCUCCUCCUAUCCUCCUCAUCCAGGAUGCCGAUGCAGCCCUGACGAGGCUGCAGGAACGUGUCUCUGCUCUCCUGUUACGCAGUAGAGCCCCAUCUCCACCUACCCCCACCCGCUAUCCCAGCACUUUGUCUGCCUUGAGCGGUGCUGCCCCCCUUUGGCAAAAGAGUGCACUGCUGAACGGAAACCUUACAAGUGUAAUGGACUUCUUUGUCCCAGAGCUCAAAGACUUCAUCAAACCUUGGAAAUCAGCAGAGACACUCCGCACUUCCUCCCAACGCAACGACAACCCUUGUACUUCUGUCCAACUUUUGAGUCAAAGACCUGUUGUCAGCAAGGCCCUGUCUCCAGCUACCUGCUCCUCUACUCCCUCCAAUCCAGCCACGGAACAGUUCCCAGCAAGCAGUCAGACCCUGCAAGACCUGGUGGAGCUGUGUGACGAUGAAAUGGCCGUAGCCCACGAUGACCACAACGCUCCUGGCCCUGGCAAAGACUAUGUUCAGACCAUCGUUACAGUCUGGAUGUUAAAUAACAACACCAGUUUGUCCACAAACCUCCAAGUGAGCGGCUUCUUCCUAGAGAAGCCAGCUGACCUCAGUGUGAAUGACACCCCGCUGGAAACAACGUACACUGAUGCGGUUGACCUCCAGAGCCAAGUAGGAAGGUCUUUAUGUCAGCCAGGAGGACCAAAGGAGCACAGCAAACAUUUAUCAGGGGCUCUAUCAACACUGGCAUCAAGCCUGAGCAGCAUGGUCAACAAUCCUCAGCUCAGUGACUGGCAACUCCAGGUGGACAGUGGCCAAGUCUUCUUUGUCCAUUCCUUUAUGAUAUAUGCACGCUGUCCCCUCCUGGCAGAACUGAUGCAUGAAAGUGGUUUUGGGGUGCACGAGGAGGGAAUGCCUGAAGCUCAAAGGGUAUUGAUCAGUGAUAUCCCAGGACAGGCGGUGUUGGUUCUGCUGCAGUACCUCUACACUGCUAAAUUUUCCCUCCCAGCAUCAUUGUGUUCUCAUGUACUGGAGUUGGCAUCCAGGUUUGACUUACAGGAGUUGCGGUGGCUAUGUGAGCCUCCCCUAGAAGAAGCUUCUGUGCAGAAUGAUGAUGGAGUUGCCACAAACCACAUGGAGUAUCUCGUUAAUGGCACAGACAAUGAAUUAACAGCACUUUUCAACUCCAUGUGGAGCCACGAAGAUGACGCGGACCAAGAAGGGGAUGACGAGACAGGUCUCAAAAAAGCUGCUGACGCCACAUUAGGUGACAGGGAGCUCCACGAGGAGCAGGUUAAUGAGGAAGAGCUUGAUGAGAUUUACGAGUUUGCUGCCACGCAGAGAAUGAGAGAUGAGGAGAAGGCCGGCGUAGGAGAAAUCGAGGGAGACGAUGGAGUGAUCUUAAGGAAACUUACUGAAUCAAGAAGGAGUCCAGGAAGAUCUAGUGAGAUAAGCCCCGACUCUAAAUGUGACCCUCUUCCAGACCACAGCCUGGAGAGAACCUAUAAUCGCCUCUUCUCAGACUAUGAGGGGGUAUACAAAGAAGAUCAACCCUCCUUCUGUUCUCCUUCGUCUACGCCACCAAAAGCACACACCUCACCUACUGCCCCAUUGAAAUUAUCUGGUCAAACCUUGCUUCAGUCCUCAGCAAGUUUAGGUAGUGACAGUUCCCCUCAUAUAUCCAACUUGCCUCUCCCUGGUGUGACCCCAUACCAGGAUAGUAAAGACGGAACUGUUGAUGUCAAGGAAAUACCUACUGUUGAACAGGAGCCUCUGGAACACCGUACAACUCGAAAGCCUCAAAGCCGAGUUUCUGAUAGUAUUCAUGUUCCACUACUGUCUAUUUCACCGCUGAAAGGAGAACCAGAUGUGCUGGUUUUGUCAGACUCAAGCGAAGACAUGGAGGUAUCUGUGGUCGAGCCCCGUGCUCAGUGUCCUGUCCUGUCCCGUUCCCCCACUGAACAUAGCUUCACUUACUUAAAGCCUAGCAAUGCCUCUGAGGAGAAGAAAGAGUCCAGAAACUUGGGUUGUAGCGUAGUUGAUUUAAGUCUAUCUCCGAACCAACUUAGUCAAGUUGAUUGUUCUCCAGAGCUCUCCUGGCUCAUCCCCCCCACACCUCUUAAUGACACUCCCAGAAAAACAAGCGUCCUGAGUUCCACUCAAACCAAAAGCAGCAUUUGUAGGACAACGUUGUUCCCAAAAGAGAGUAGUUCACCACCAUUCAGUAACACAUCUAUGACUGACUGUGUCUCCACCUAUGAUGAACCAGUGGAAGGAAGUGGUCCUUGGCUGAAUCCAGCUACGGCAAAAGUGGACACUGCAGUGUGUGCAGAGUUGAAAUUCUCAUCUCGGUCAAUGUUUUCUCAUCAUCUCCAUAAUUCCUCAAAGCAAGAAAGACCUCAAAAGGUCCACGUUGACCCUCAUAGCAGCACUCCCCUGCAAUCAGAUGUCCUCCAGCACCACAUCCGGCCCGACACCUCACCCCUCUACACAGGGCCUAGCAAGCAAAAGUCAUUAAGUCAAGAACGUGAAAGUCUGGAGGAGAGUCAAUUAGAAAGGUUUCAUCACUCCCCCUUUUGUGACCAUUCAGAGCCACAUUCGUCUACCUCACACAAAAGUGUUCCAGUUUCAGAGAGACAAAGUAAGUGUUCGAGUCAAAGUCCAGCCCCCUCCAUCAGACACCACAGCACUGGAUUUAAGCCAUCGAGGAAUGGAACAAGUGAGGAUGGACAGACUGCAGAGCUCGCUGAUGAUGACAUAGAAGAAGUGAGAGUCAUAACUGGAUCUCCAGUUUCGAGUAUUGGACAGAGCUUUCUGUUCAACCAUGAGCCACCGAUAGCUUUCGACAACUCAUGGGGCAUCAACUCCUGCGAUGAGGUUGGCGGGAACCCGGGACAAUUCAGUCUGAGGCGAGAAGACAGCGGAGGAUGGACCCGACCAGUGGAUGCGUCUGGCUCAGGCACCACCUCUUUACCUCGGCCGUCUUGUCAAGGUGGUAUAAGUAGCUGCCAAGAACCCCAAAAGCAAAGUUUAUCGAAUUCUCACAGUAAAAAGGGAGAGAUGUUCACGCCUUCAACACCUGAUCUCAUAACCUACAAUCCACCAGAGAUAAGUGACAGCCUCCUGGUUGCAAAUGUGGCUGACAACUCAGGGGGGGAAGAUGAGAUUCUUCCUCUUUCCCAAAGGCUGAACCCUUCUGCUCAAUUCAAAACUCCAACAUCUUCUCGCAAUAAAAGGCACCACAAACUGGUCCCCAUCACACCAAUGCCUCACUACUCUGAUAUGGACACCCCAGAACUCAAGAAUGAACUGAACAGGUUUGGUGUUCGAGCAUUACCUAAGCGUCAGAUGAUCCUCAAGUUGAAGGAGAUCCACCACUACACGCACCAGCUGGUCAGUUCUGAUUCUGAAGAUGAGGGACCUUGUGCAGGCCCCGCAGCCCAGACGAGAGGCCACCCCUCCAAGUCAACAGCUGCUGUCAGCAGGCCCGUUUCCUCGAGACAGAAAAUCCUAUUUAAGGACCCCAAAGUGCCUUCUUCCAUCUCUCCAGCAAAACACAACCUAGAAGAGGAGGAAAUGGAGCCGCUGACCAACUCUCAAGACUCAAAUGCUUCUUCAGCAACCUCAAGUGAAGAAUCUGAAAGGCACAACCCGGAACUGUGUCUUUCUUCUGGCGGCGACUCAGACAGCGAUGUUGGUAUCUCAGCUUCCCAAGCGGCCACCAACCUCAAAGAUCGCCUCCAGGCCCUGCGUAGAUUCAUCCUGUCCGACUCUGACCUGUACACUCAGAUCCUUCAGUACCAGCCUCUGGUCUUGUCUCAACUCCAGGACCGCCUGAAGGCGGCAGGCAUCCGCCUCGGUGCGGCCAAGUUGGUCAACUUUCUGGACUCCCAGUGCAUCACCUUCACCACAGCCAAGCCGGGAAAAGCCGCGCCCACGCGCAGGCGUGUCAAGAAAACGGGCAAGAAGGCAAAGACAGCAGGGAAAUGAGUGACCGCACCCGAACAUACAAGACAUUCAUUGUGGUAACAUGCAGAAAAAUGGCUAGCAAAUAAGCUAUGAGGAAAAAGAAAAAAAAAAGUCUUAAUUGCAGUUAUUAUUUGAUGGAAACUCUUUUGAAGACAUUUCUUCUGGAUAUUUAAAAACAAAAAAACUAAACUAAAAGUAGCAGUUUAUGUAUUUCAAUUCACAUUUUGGUAUGAAUUAUUCAGUGUGGAAAAUCUGAAUUUUUAUGAACAUGCUUCAGGUUGUAUGUAAAAACUAACCAAUUCUUAAAUAACUAUCAAGUGAUGGGGCAAGGGUGUUUUUGUUUUUCCUUUUCAGAUUAUGUUAUGGAUAAAAUUGUCAUAAAAUGGAGGCAGCAAUCUAUAAAAUUGCAACUUUAGUGAUGAU